CAUAGUAAGAUACCACUACACACCUAUUAUACCUAUUAGAAUGCUAAAAUUUAAUAGGUAGACAAUACCAAAUGCUGGUGAAGAUGUGAAGCAACUCGGACUCAUGAAAUUGCUGGUCAGAAUACAAAAUAGUACAGCUGCUUUGGAAAAAUGGACAUUUCUUAUAAAGUGAAACAUUUACCUACCAUAAGAUCCAGCACUCCCACUCUUAAUUAUUUACUCAAGAGCAGUAACAACACAUGUCCAUACAAAGACCCAGACGUAAAUAUGCAUAGCAAUUUCUUCAUACUAGUAAAGACGGGAAGGAGUGCAAAUGUCUGCCAACAUGUAAAUAGUUAAACAAAUUGUAUGAUAUCUACAAUUGUAUAAUAUCUAUACAAUGGGAUACUACUCCACAAUAAAAACGAGGUAAAUACUGAUACCGAAAACCACUUGGAUGAAUCUCAAAAAUCAUUAUGCUAAGCGGAAGAAAGCAGCUGGACACAGAAGACUACAUACCAUGUGGUUUCUUUUAUAUGAUGUUCUAGAAAAAAAGGAAAACUAUAAAGAUGGAACACAGAUCAGUGGUUGCCUGGGGUUGGAUCUGGGAAUAGGGUUUGACUAUAAAGGGGCAGAAUAAGAGAAUUUACGGGGUAAGGGAGCUAUUCUGUAUGGAACUAUGGUGGUGAUACACAACUCGUUGCAUUUAUUAAAAAUCUACAGAACUGUGGAUCACAAUGAGUGGAUGUCACUGUAUGUAAAAUUUAAACUAUUAACCAAGUUAUGAGAAGGACUCAAAUUGGAAUGCAGGCUAUGACAACGGAAUCCAACUGUAACUGUGUUACAAAAUACUUACAUAACCACACUGAAGGGAGUGAGAAAGAAAGGAGCCAACCAAAAUAACUCUGGAAAGCAGUGUUUUAAUGGAAACUGAAGGCUAAAGACAAAAAACUGUCCACAAACGCCCUACUCAAGUUGGCAAAUUUCUUUCUCAAAGGGGUAUGAGUUACAAUUCUGAAACUACUUUCUGUGUAUACUAGGGUUGAACAAAUAAUAAACUACUAGACAUAACAAGAGCCAUGUUUCUGACUGUCUGAGAAAGAAAUUACAAGCAAGGAAAGGAGGUAAAGUGAUGUGGGUCCUUCUCCAUCUCCCAGUCCUUUUGGCUUCCCUGACCUUGUUCCAGGCUGCAGCAUCUGACACCAAUGCGCAGACCACUGCUGCCGCCAUGUCUGAAGCCGUGCGUCAGGUCAAGGUGCACGUCAACAAGGCUUUCCUGGAUUCCCGGACCAGGCUGAAGGCUGCCAUGAGCUCUGAGGUGCCCACCACUCGACAGCUCUCAGAGUACCUCAAGCAUGCCAAGGGCCGGACGCGCACAGCCAUCCGCAACGGGCAGGUGUGGGAGGAGUCCUUAAAGAGACUGUGGCAGAAAGUGACCCAGACCAACAUCACAGACCCCAGCCUGGACUUGACUGCACUCUCUUGGGAGGUGGGCUGUGACGUCCCAGUUUCCGUGGUGAAAUGUGACAAGAACAGCCCUUACCGCACCAUCACAGGAGACUGUAAUAACGGGAGGCACCCCGCCCUGGGAGCCGCCAACCAGGCGUUGGCGCGCUGGCUGCCGGCGGAGUACGAGGACGGGCUCUCCCUGCCCUUUGGGUGGACGCGGGGGAAGAGGCGGAAUGGCUUCCCUCUCCCGCUGGCCCGUGAGGUAUCCAACAAGAUUGUUGGCUACCUGAAUGAAGAGGGUGUUCUGGACCAAAACAGGUCCCUGCUCUUCAUGCAGUGGGGUCAGAUUGUGGACCACGACCUGGACUUUUCCCCGGACACGGAGCUGGGGAGCAGCGAGUACUCCAAAGCGCAGUGUGAUGAGCACUGUAUCCAGGGAGACAACUGCUUCCCCAUCAUGUUCCCGCGCAACGACCGCAAGGUGAUGACUCAAGGGAAAUGCAUGCCUUUCUUCCGAGCUGGGUUUGUCUGCCCCAAUCCACCUUACCAGUCUUUGGCCCGAGAGCAGAUCAACGCCCUGACCUCCUUCCUGGACGCCAGCUUAGUGUACGGCUCUGAGCCCAGCCUGGCCAGCAGUCUCCGUGACCUCAGUAGUCCGCUGGGCCUCAUGGCCGUCAACCAGGAGUUCUGGGACCACGGGCUGGCCUACCCACCCUUUGUCAACAAGAAGCCGAGCCCCUGUGAGGUCAUCAACACCACUGCCCAAGUGCCUUGCUUCCUGGCGGGAGAUUCCCGAGCCUCAGAGCAGAUCCUGCUGGCCACUUCCCACACCCUGCUUCUCCGAGAGCACAACCGUCUGGCCAGAGAACUAAAGAAACUCAACCCUCACUGGGAUGGAGAGAAGCUCUACCAGGAAGCCCGGAAAAUCCUGGGAGCCUUCAUGCAGAUUAUCACCUUUAGGGACUACCUACCCAUUGUGCUAGGUGAUGAGAUGCAGAAGUGGAUCCCUCCAUACCGAGGCUAUAACAAAUCUGUGGAUCCCCGAAUCUCCAAUGUCUUCACCUUUGCCUUCCGCUUUGGCCACUUGGAGGUCCCCUCCACUAUGUCCCGCCUGGAUGAGAAUUAUCAGCCAUGGGGUCCAGAACCAGAGCUCCCGCUGCACACCCUCUUCUUCAACACCUGGAGGAUAGUCAAAGAUGGUGGAAUUGACCCUCUGGUACGGGGCCUGCUGGCCAAGAAGUCCAAGUUCAUGAGUCAGAAGAGAAUGAUGACGGGCGACCUGCGCAACAAGCUCUUCCAGCCCCCUUACACGAUCCACGGCUUUGACCUAGCCGCCAUCAACAUACAGCGGUGCCGGGACCAUGGGAUGCCCGGGUACAACUCCUGGAGAGGCUUCUGUGACCUCUCACAGCCCCAGACGUUGAAGGAGCUGCACGCAGUGCUGAAGAACAAGAAGCUGGCUAAGAAGCUACUGGAUCUGUACAGGACCCCCGACAACAUCGACAUCUGGCUAGGGGGCAUCGCUGAGCCCCAGGUUAAAAGGGGCCGGGUGGGGCCUCUCCUGGCCUGCCUACUAGGGAGGCAGUUUCGGCAGAUCCGAGAUGGAGACAGGUUCUGGUGGGAGAACCCUGGGGUCUUCACUAAGAAGCAGCAGAAGUCUCUACAGAAAAUGUCCUUCUCACGCCUUGUCUGUGACAACACCCACAUCACCAAGGUCCCGCUGCACCCCUUCCAGGCCAACAGCUACCCUCACGGCUUUGUGGAUUGCUCAGCCAUUGAUAAGUUAGACCUCUCACCCUGGGCCUCAGUGGAGAAUUAGGGGCGUGGACUCCACACUGUGCAGUAAAGCACCCUUUGGUCCGCGAUGCCAUUUCAAGCAAGUUCAAUGACCUGGUCCCUUAGAGCACCACACCCUAGUCCCAGCCCUUCUUUCCAGCAGGAUCUCUCUACACGCCCCAGCCUCGCUCCAGCCCAAGGCCAGCCUCUCUGGCCUCUCCAGCGCUUCCUCUUGAAUCCCACUGCUCCCACCCGCAUUCCCCCAUCCUCUCUGCCUGUGGAAAUCCUCCUUUCUGUCAAGACUUGGACCACUUGAGAUGCCUUCCAGGUAUCUCCCAUCCUCUCUCCUAAACAAGUCUUGGCUGAGGCUGUGGUCUUUGCACAUGUAUCUUUCCUCCUGUCCCCUUGAAUUAGAUUGUAAACGCCUUGAUCCAGGGACCACAGCCUGCUUCUAAGUGUGUCCGGUAGCCCCCAGCAUGGUGCUUGGCACCCAGUAAUUGCUCAAUAAACUUUGCUG